AUGACUCUGAAGCGACUGGAUGGCGCGGAUGAGACUGAUUGGGAGGAAGGAGCAGGAGGGGAAGUGGGUGCUGUUGCUGCUGCUGAUGGUGGUGAUGGCGGACUGGGUGGCGUCCUGAGGAGGAGGGAAGGGGGAAGGGGAGCAGUGGGGCGGGGAGCAGUGGGGCGGGGAGCAGUGGGGCGGGGAGCAGUGGGGCGGGGAGCAGUGGGGCGGGGAGCAGUGGGGCGGGGAGCAGUGGGGCGGGGAGCAGUGGGGCGGGGAGCAGUGGGGCGGGGAGCAGUGGGGCAGGGGAGCAGUGGGGCGGGGAGCAGUGGGGCAGGGGAGCAGUGGGGCGGGGAGCAGUGGGGCGGGGAGCAGUGGGGCGGGGAGAGUGACAUUUCAGUCAGUGGUGGUGUCUGGCCACCAGGCCCCCUCUUUCAGUCCGGUUGA